UGUAAUUUCAAUACGAGGGAUGGAUUCAGUAAUCGGGUCAGUUCAAUUAGGGCACGCUUCGAGUAGGUUCUGAAAACGCAAACCAGUAUAUCUAGUCUGCGCUUCAUCCCUGGAGCUUCGGUUCUCUUCUCUUCUCUUUUCCACCAGUGUUCAGCAUCAGAACCCAUCCAUCUUCUAUCCCCUUGUUUAUCGGCGCAUGCCACAGGUUCAACCUAAGUGCUGCUCCGAAUCCACCUUUCUCUGCGCGUAGAUUCUCGUUCGCAAUCUCCGCCACACACUCUUCUCUCCGUUCGGUAACAUUGGCAUCAGAAGAUGUCGGGCGGUUUCUUUCGAGGCACAUCCGCGGAUCAGGACACUCGGUUUUCGAACAAGCAAGCGAAGCUGAUGAAAUCGCAGAAGUUUGCACCGGAAUUGGAGCAUCUGGUGGACAUGACGAAGGUGAAUAUGGAAGUAAUUAAGCCUUGGAUCACCCGAAGGGUAACUGAACUUCUUGGAUUCGAAGAUGAAGUGCUUAUUAACUUCAUACACAGUCUUCUGGAUGCAAAGGAAGUGAAUGGGAAAGAAGUUCAAAUACAAAUUACUGGAUUUAUGGAAAAAAAUACUGGAAAGUUCAUGAAAGAGCUCUGGACACUUCUUCUCAGUGCACAAAAAAAUGCCAGUGGUGUUCCUCAGCAGUUCUUGGAUGCCAAGGAAGAAGAACUCCUGAAGAAGAAGGCCGAAAAUGAUCGGAUAACAAGUGAAGUUCAGAGGAAAAAAGAUAAGGAAGGUAGAGAGCUCAUGGAAGAGAGGCUGAAGAAACUGGACGGUGGAUUUGAUUCCAAGGAUAAUGAUACAGCAUCAGACCCAACCUUGAGGCUCAGGGAUUCUGGUUUCUAUGAUCGUGACGGGAAGGAAACUGACAAGAGGAAUGGUGUUAGAGCAAGGAGCAGGCAUUCUAGGUCCCCACAUUCACCUGCAGUUUCUGCUUCACCUCACCGAGGUUCACCUUCAAGGUCAAUGAGCAAAUCAUUUUCAAAUUCUCGAAGUUAUUCAGGUGGUAGACACAAGUCAAGGAGUGUAUCCAGGUCUACAGAGGCUCGAGGACGCUCUCCUUCUUCUGAAAGGAUUCGCCGAUCUCCACGACGACGAUCUGUUUCUCCUCACAGGCAUUCACCACGUCGUUCUCCUCAUAGGAGAUUGCCUUAUUCAAGGAGAAGAUCUAGAUCCCGCUCAAGUUACAGAUCUCCUUCUCCUGUACGACGUAGAAUGCAUUCUCCAUUCCAUCGAAGUUCGCCUUCUUUCCGUCGACGUAGAUCACCUUCUCCAGUGAGGCGACGUAGAUCACCUUCUCCAGUGAGGCGACGUGGAUCACCUUCUCCAGUGAGGCGGCGAGGAUCACCUUCUCCUGUGAGGCGGCGAGGAUCACCUUCUCCUGUGAGGCGGCGAGGAUCACCUUCUCCAGUGCGACGACGUAGAUCACCUUCUCCAGUGCGACGACGUAGAUCACCUUCUCCAGUGCGACGACGUAGAUCACCUUCUCCAGUACGCCGGCGUAGAUCACCUUCUCCAGUACGCCGGCGUAGAUCACCUUCUCUUGGGCAUCGACAUAGAUCACCUUCACCUAUUGGACGACGGAGGUUGCUUUCACCUAGACGAAGAAGAUCUCCUGUCACUCGGCAUAGGUCACCUUCACCAGGGCGUCGAAUACCACCAACCAAUGUACGACAUAGAUCAGACUCCCCUAUGCAGUCCCCCUCCCCUAUACGACGAAGGUAUGGUAGUAGAACUCCUCCACACUCUCCAUCUCCAUUGCGACGUAGGUCUCCUAUUUCUGGUAAGAGAAGAUCUCCUAGUAUCUCCCCACAAAGGUCUCCUCGAGAUGAUUGGAGUUCUCAGUCUCCUGUACGGCGUGUAUCUCCAUCUCCGAUUAGAAAAGAUUCCCCAAGACACCAAAAAAGUCCUUUGCAGUCUUCUAUGGGGAGAGUCAGAACCCAAGAAAGAUUGUCAUCUGAGGCAAAUCAACCCUCUAGUCCUUUAGGGCCUAUACGAAGAGAUAAAGGUGGCAGAGCUUCUCACUAUAAUUCAAAAGAUUCAAUGUCCACACCUGAGAAGUCUCGAAUUCGAUCUGUAUCUCCAGAAGCAAGGAGUGAGACCAGCAGUGAAGGGAGAAGUCCUCAUGAGAGCCCUGUGAAGCAAAGAAGGGAAAAAUUGACCAAUGAAAGAAGCUUGAGUCCUCUGAAGAAACAAAGAACCCAUAAACCUAGCAUUGACAGCCCAGAGACAAGAGCCGAAGCAGAAGAAACAUACUAUUCCAGAGAAAGCAGAGAUCCUAAAAUGAAUUCAUCACAAAAGAUAUCAAAACAUUCCCCGGUUAGUAUGCGGAAAGGUUCACCUGCAAAAUAUCGUCAUGAGGAUGAGUUUUCUCCUGAAAAGGUGGCAGCUCAUCCAACUUCUGAAUAUCGUCAUUAUGAUAAUAAUGAUGGGAGAAAGACAGGCCGGGAUAUAAAACGUGAUAAAUCUUCUGGAAAGGGCAGUGAAUUUCCUGCUCAACAGAAGACAUCAGCGGACAAAGAAACUUUUUCCCGGGAGAAGCCUCAUGAAUCCUAUGCUGUAGAUAUUAAGAAAUCAGAUGACAAGGACCAAUCCCAUUUUGCCAAAAGUAGUGACCGGCACCACAAAUCUGAAGCCACUCAAGAUCUAGUUGGAAAAAAUGAUCGUGCCAAUCAGAGUGCUUCAUAUGAUUCUGUUUCUGAGGAGAGUGGUAAGCAUAGACGGGAGGGAAAGGAUAGGAGAAAGCAUAAAAGGUCUGAGAAAAAGUAUGCGUCUUCCGACGGAGAUUAUAGUUAUGAUUCUGAGUUAGAGGACAGGAAAGAAGCUAAGAAGAGGAAAAAAGAGGAGAAGAAGCUGCGGAAGGAGGAGAAGCGUCGAAGACGUGAGGAGAGGCGUCGCAGAAGGGAAGAACGGCGUGCAGAGAAGCUGAAAAUGAAGAGUAAAACAGACUAUAUUUCAGAUGAUGAGGAAGCUGAACGAAUGGAUUAUCAUCACAGUGAUAGUGAAGAGACACCAUCUGAGCAAAAGAAGCUUGAGAUUGAAUUACGGAACAAGGCUCUUGAAUCCCUCAAAGCAAAGAGGGGCAUGAAUAACUAAAUGCAUCACUUUCGAGUUUAAGUCAUUUUAUGCUUUAAAAACUUCUUGAGAAAUAUCUUAGUUUGUUUAAGAAACUAGGCUUUAUAAAUGUUAUGUUCAUUAUUUUUGGGUAAAUGUUUGAUGUUAUCUAUCUUUAAUGCUGGCAGCGGAAAGGGAUAAAGCUUUCUGAGCAAAUCUGUUGAGUACAACUCUUUGCAGACAUUGCCCUGUUUUUACUGAUGAAUUUUAUGUCAACUCUAGAUGACCUGGUGAGAAGACCAUGUGCAGAUCUAUAUUUUGAACCUCAAUUCAGGUGGUUCUUCCUCGCUGUAUAUUUUUCAAAACUAACUUUGCAUAUUAGUAGUUGUUCCUGGGCUGUGUUUCCUGGAAUUCUCCAUGUAUUUUUGGGUCCUACAAGGUUGAUGUAGCUGUAUGCUUUGUACAAAUGUGUUGUUGGGGUGCCUACUUUGAUUGUGUGCAAGAGUUUGGCGAUUUUUUUUUCAAGCAUUCUGCUUUAGUGAGGUUUAUUGUGGUUGCUUCGUGUAGAGCAAUUAAUUUUAAUUUCCCUGCUUCGUGGCAAUGUUAAGUUCAUGCAGAGUGUGGUUGUUUGUUGCAUUCAAAGAAAUGCUUGUUUCCAAUUUUCCUUAGUUGCAAUGCAAAUACCUUUAUUUC